AUGUCCUACCAGCUCCCACAAACCGGCCCUUCCUUAUCUUCAUCACAACGGCCCCUCGAAGAUAAUUACUGGCGCGCCUCUUCGCGAAAUAGCGGUUCCGGUAGUCUAGGCGGCUAUGGCCUAUCACAAUCGCAAUCUGGAAACAGCGUAGGAGGGAUAUCGCAUAAGUUGAAUAGCUUCUUCGAUACGGAGAAGCCGUUGCCUAUGUAUAAGGAUAAACCAUAUUUUGCUCCGCGGCGGACGGGGCCCGCACGCCAGCGGCAGAGGAUCGUGUAUGGGGUGGUAGGAUUCGUGGUGGUCAGCUUAUUGUGGUUGCUUCUUGGGUCGGGUGGUUCAGACCAGUCUAAGACGAAGACUGGGUCGUUGAAGGGCGGGGAUCUAUGGAGUUGGGCUCAGAGCUUUGAGCAUGGCGAGGCUGAGAAGCCGUCUGGGCGGGGAAAUAGUGGUAUCGAUUGGGAUGCUAGGAGAGAGAAGGUCAAGGAUGCGUUCAUGGUCAGUUGGGACGGAUAUGAGAAGUAUGCAUGGGGGUUCGACGAGUAUCACCCCGUAUCCAAGGGGGGAAAACACAUGAUCAAUGGUGGCAUGGGCUGGAUCAUCGUCGAUGCGCUCGAUACGCUGAUGAUCAUGAACCUCACCUCUCGCGUGCAAGAUGCGCGGCGGUGGAUUCACACUUCAUUGCAGUAUAAUCAGGAUCACGAUGUCAACACCUUCGAGACUACCAUCCGCAUGCUGGGUGGUCUGCUCUCCGCGCACUACCUUUCAACGAAGUAUCCAGACCUGGCUCCUAUCCGCGACGAUGAUGAGGGUUCUCCGGGCGAGGAUCUAUAUAUCGAGAAAGCCACUGACCUCGCCGACCGUCUUCUUGGUGCGUUCGACUCCACCUCGGGUGUUCCAUACGCGAGUGUGAACCUCAAUACUUCCAGGGGUAUACCAUCGCAUGCUGAUGGCGGCGCUUCAUCCACCGCCGAGGCCACUUCUGUGCAGUUGGAGUUCAAGUAUCUUGCUAAGUUGACCGGAGAAGCGGAAUAUUGGAAGACGGUGGAGAAGGUUAUGCAAGUCGUUGACGACCAGCAGAGGAAAGACGGGUUGCUCCCGAUCUUCAUCAAUCCUGAGAGCGGAGAAUUCCGAGGCGAGAACAUCCGUCUAGGAAGUCGAGGUGAUUCUUACUAUGAAUACCUCAUCAAACAAUAUCUGCAGACCUCCGAACAAGAGCCAAUCUACAAGGAGCUAUGGGACGAGUCCUUAAUGGGUAUCCGCAAGCAUCUGAUCACAUACACGAAACAUGCGCAAAUGACAGUGCUUGGAGAGCGACCCAACGGACUUGACGGGACUCUGUCGCCUAAGAUGGACCACCUUGUCUGUUUCAUGCCGGGAACAAUUGCCCUUGGUGCUACUGGCGGACGACCCUUGGCUGAGGCAAGGAAAUCCCCCGAUUGGACACGCCGACAGGAUGAGGAGAUUCUCCUAGCCAAAGAACUGAUGAAGACAUGCUGGGCAACGUACCUGGCUACCAAGACCGGUCUUGCUCCGGAAAUCACCUACUUCCGUAUCGACGACCCCCCACGCAUGAUGACCGACGUAUUCCCCAGCUCUACAAUGACCGAAGGAAACAGCAAAUCGAAACACGAAGAUCUCCUUCUGGUCUCGCAUCCUCUCUACCCGCUAGAAGAUAACCCCUGGCAGCAAGAUAUCGACAUCCACGCUCAGGACCGGCACAACCUGCAACGACCAGAGACUGUCGAGUCUCUCUUCUACAUGUACCGCAUUACCGGCGAUGAGACCUACCGUCACUGGGGCUGGGAGAUGUUCAAAUCCUUCAUCAAACACACCGCCGUCAUCGAGACAGAAGGUGAUCCCUCCGAUAAGACCAAGAAACCCUCCUCGCACAUCAUGGGCUUCACGUCCCUCUCCAACGUCAACACCAUCCCUGCUGUCCAGCGCGACAACAUGGAAAGCUUCUGGCUCGCAGAGACCCUGAAAUACUUCUACCUCCUCUUCUCGGAUCGCGAUUUCAUCUCCCUAGAAGAAAACGUCUUCAAUACCGAAGCACAUCCCAUGCCUCGCUUCAAACUUAGUGGAGAUCUGAAGACGGGAUGGACAAGGAAGGAGAGAAACUAA